GCUCUGCCUGCCGGGCUGUGGCUCCUCCAGGUGUGGGUCUCUCACUCUCUCUCGCUCUUAUUCUCUCGCUCUUAUUCUCUCUUUCUCUCUCUUACUCGCUCUCACUCUCUCUCUCAUCCCACUAAGUCUAUAACCAAUUUAUUGUAUUUUAGUAACAGAUAAAAGCUUUCUCUUUAUCCAACAUCUAGGUUUAUUUUUAAAUGUUACAGUAAACAGUACUCUGUUGGCCCUGACUCUGAUGGCAGUUUUCUCUUUCAUCGGCAUGGAACAAUCUCCUAUGGUGAAGAAAUGCAAAUACACUGUAGAAAUUAGAGUGGUAUAAUUUUCAUAAGGGAUUUUAAAACACGAUACUAACCAACAGCUGCGGUCGGUGCCGUUCAACAUUAGGGCGAUUUUCUUUUUAUGAGCAUGGCCUUAUUUCUAUUACAUCAUACUGGAUGAAUGUCAUUCAUAUUCCAUUUUCCCAGCUCAAUGUAACAUCGACAGGUUAAGGCUACUACAUGAUAAUCAAAUUUUCCCUAUACCCAUCAUGAGGUUGCUACAAUCUAGCCUACAAAUGGAAGUUUAUAAUGUGCACAGGUCGAAAGACAAAUUGGUGUAAUCAAGGUGACAGACAGUGACACAUUCAAUACCGCCUUGCACACUCAUGCCUGCAAAUAGCUAAACUGGGGUGUAGUCAUUAGUCCAAACCAUUGCAAAACUUAAACAAGAGUUUCUAUUGGUCAAAUUCAGGUAGAUCCCUCCUCGUUUCGUUCCAUUUGAUUAUGUUUAAGAAACAUUUUGCAACAGAAUCGGCGGAACGAAUACACCCUGAUCAACCGCACACACAGUUCACUUUCAUAGCAGCCACUUACAGCAUCAUCCUCACUUUGCUCAUUGUAUAAUUCCAUUUUGCAUCUACCAUCUCUCCUCCUCUCACAUUUUCCCUUUGCUUGUGGACUUCAGUGCACAACACAACAGCUGUCUGUGACCAGGCGCAAAAACCUCUCCAAGCCAAACCUUCAUACCACAACUGCUACACAUCCUACAUCAUUGUCACCAUACUAACGUUUUAGUCAACAGACUAGAACUAACGUGUUAGUUAACCCACAAUACAAUCCGUGUGUACAAUUACACAGUACAGUGUAGAGCAAGCAGUUUAGUUAGUACUACAUUCUAAAAAGUAAAGGUCCCUGGAGGAUCUUUUAGGGGUUCUUUAAAUUGUAACUGUGGGGGAACCCCUAUAAGUUCUUCAAAGAACACAUUUUAAUGGAUCCUCAAAGAACCUUUUGGGGUUAAUUUUUGAACUACCCUCCCCUAUUUUUAUUAAUAAUAAUACGCAUAACAAUAACAACAAUAACACAAUAUUUUAGUUGUCCGUUUUUAUUAUGAUUUUAGUGGCAAAGCAGAAUAAAAAAUUCAAAAUAUGAGGUAAACUCCCAUCAGAGCCCCAAGUCCAGUGGGUAAAUCCUCUGGUGUGUUGAUGUUAAUGUGUUGAUGUUCUCCAUAUCCAUAGCCAGAAUGAUUUUGCAGUGCAUGGUGAUCGAACAGGUUUCCUGUUAUAUUCAGCAGAGGUGUAUGGAGGGUGAAGUCUGUGAAUCCAAAUUUUUUUAAUUAUACAGACGUUUUGCAAAACAUGCACACAACAGUAUUCAUACCUUGGUUUUUGUGGUAAAUGUGAAUGAAAAAAACUGUUUUGAUAAUGGUUUUCAUACACAUACCUUGUCCAUAAUGUAGAGGCCGAUGGGAUUUUCAUUGAAGAGGUAAGGGGGGAGGAUGGUACAUGUGAUCUGCAUAACAUACCAAUACCAAUUAACAUACCUUUGUAUGCCUCCUUGUCUGUAUACCUACAGACACAAAAGUGAGCAGUUCAGUCAUCUGCACCCAAUACAGCUAGCCUUCAACAUAUUCUUACCUCUUUGUUGAUUGAAAUCCAUUGAAUUGUGUCCAUUUUCUGUUUUAGAAAGAUUUGCACAAAUAUGAAAAGAUAGAUGGUAUCAUCAUGAAACAAUAUACAUUUAAAUCAUGCAAGGGACAAACCUUACCUAAAAUUGAGGAGAUCUUUACAUUUUUCAGUUAAAGUUGAAGUCGGAAGUUUACAUACACUUAGGUUGGGGUCAUUAAAACUCGUUUUUCAACCACUCCACAAAUGUCUUGUUAACAAACUAUAGUUUUGGCAAGUAGGUUAGGACAUCUACUUUGUGCAUGACACAAGUAAUUUUUCCAACAAUUGUUUACAGACAGAUUAUUUCAUUUAUAAUUCACUGUAUCACAAUUCCAGUGGGUCAGACAUUUACAUACACUAAGUUGGCUGUGCCUUUAAACAGCUUGGAAAAUUCCAGAAAAUUAUGUCAUGGCUUUAGAAGCUUCUGAUAGGCUAAUUGACAUCAUUUUAGUCAAUUGGAGGUGUACCUAUAGAAUUUAUCCUAUAGAAAAUUGGUGGGCAGAACUGAAAAAGCAUUUGCGAGCAAGGAGGCCUACAAACCUGACUCAGUAACACCAGCUCUGUCAGGAGGAAUGGGCCAAAAUUCACCCAACUUAUUGUGGGAAGCUUGUGGAAGGCUACCUGAAACGUUUGACCGAAGUUAAACAAUUUAAAGGCAAUGCUACCAAAUACUAAUUGAGUGUAUGUAAACUUCUGACCCACUGGGAAUGUGAUGAAAGAAAUAAAAAGCUGAAAUAAAUCAUUCUCUCUACUAUUAUUCUGACAUUUCACAUUCUUAAAAUAAAGUGGUGAUCCUAACUGACCUAAGACAGUUAAUUUUUACUAGGAUUAAAUGUCAGGAAUUGUGAAAAACUGAGUUUAAAUGUAUUUGGCUGAGGUGUAUGUAAACUUCCAACUUCAAUUGUAAGUGCCUGCACCUGCUGUCCUUUCAAAUUCAAAUCCCAAUGUUUCAGUUGGGCAGUUAGGUUCCUGCAAGAACUUCCACCAACUAAGAAGGUUCCUUGAUUAACCCCACCUCCUAUGGGGUUCUUGGAAGAACCUUUUGGGGGCCAUUUUCAGUGCCAUGAACCCUAAGGUUCUUCAAAGAACUUUGAGGAUCUUAGAAGAACCCUUGUUGAACCCCUAAUUUUUAGAGUGUAGACUCAUUCUCUGAUCCUUUGAUUGGAUGGACAAGAUGUUAGUUCAUACUGCAAAAGCUCUCAUAGGUUGGAGGACGUCCUCCGGAAGUCAUUAUAAUUACAGUGUAAGUCUAUGGAAGGGGUGAGAACCAUGAGCCUCCUAGGUUUUGUGCUGAAGUCAAUGUACUCAGAGGAGGAUGGAAAAUAGCUGUCCUCUGGCUAUACCAUGAUGCUAACCUAGAGGGUGCUGUUGAGGCUACUGUAGACCUGUUUAUUGCAAAACAGUGUGUUUUAAUCAGUUAUUUGGUGACGUGAAUAUAUUUAGUAUAGUUUUAUCUAAAAAGCAUAACUUUUUUAAAUGUUUCACUAUUUGUAUUUUACUGAAAUUCACUGAGUAGGAUGGUCCUCCCCUUCUUCCUUUUGAGGAGCCUCCACUGCUAACUGAAUAAGCAAAUUGUGUCAUAAGUUUUAGUUGAUUCACCAAGCAAAGGUGAAGUUCUGUUUAUUAUCCCGAGUCAUAGUUCUCCUUUAUACUCCGGAUGAUGAGUCUAACUAAAGGAUAUUACUAAAGUUGUGUAAUUUUUCAUGAACUCUCUCUCUUUCUUUCGCUCUCUUUCUUUGUCUCUCUCUCUCUACUCUCUGUCUCUCUCUGUCUCUCUCUGUCUCUCUCUCUCUCUCUCUCUACUCUCUUCUCUCUCUACUCUCUUCCCCCUUCCCUCCGUAGCAGUGUGUGUGAUGAGGACUAACAGCUGCCAGUCUGACAGCAGUGGAUUCCUGGAAGAGCCCUUCAUCCCUUCCUUUUCCCAGCAUCCCUCACCUGGACCCGAGCUCAUGAAGGUUACACGGAUAACAUUCUAGAAGUGCUACAAUCUAGGCGUGUUACUUUAAGUUAGUUCUACUGACUUACUUAAACUUACUUUAAGUUAUUACUACUAACUUAUACUACUUCACCAGCCCAAAAUAUUAAAAUAUAUUAUUGAACUGAUAAUCUGUCUAUUUCAUGGUGCACAAUUUAGGUCAUUCAUUCAUUUAAACUGACAAUGUGUUUGGUUGUUGUUUAAGGCUUUGUCAGGAAUAUCUGGAGGCAGCACUGACAGCCAGAUCACUGUAAGAGGAGCUUCACUUGACCGCCCCUCUCCCAUCACCCCUUCACCCCCCUCGUCCCCCCCAUCCACUUCCCUGGACCCCUCCUCUCCUUCCCUCUCCACGUGCCACCCAAGACCAGAGUCUCCUCUAGACAGACCAGAGACAACAAGCCCUACAGAGGAGACACCCAGACACCAGGAUUCCCCCACAGCCCACUCCCUCCUCUCUGCUUCUCCUGAUGCCUUGGAGAUGACUAAUUCUGCUUUUGGACUCAGGCCAAGCCUAAUGGAAAAGACUGUCACUGGGGAAGAUGGAUUCUCUUCGGACUGUGGUGCACCUUGUCAUAAGCCAGACUCUCCGUUACGGCAUGUUAUUAUUAUUAUGAAAACAGACACAGAGACAGAACACUUUACUGUGGAAUCAAAGGAAGCUGUUCCAAUAGUAGGAGAGGAAAAUAACAUAGCGGAACAAAGUGGCAAUGUUCAGACAGAAACAGAGGCUGUUGGUGAUCAGGACACCGAUUGUUCUGGGUCACAUGAAGGCCCUCUGAUGGACUCGGUGGUUCUGGUGCAGAUGAAGAAAGAGACAGAGAUGAAGACAGAAGUACAGAAUAGUUCUGGUUCAGAAGGUCCAGUGUUGGGUCCUGUUGCUGUUCCUGAGGUGGUGGAUCAAGGCUCUGAGACUGGUUCUGUUUGUCAGGACCGGUCCUCUGAAGAUCCUCUAUUAGGAUCUGACCCUAACCUCUCAGCAGAGCUAAUCCCUGCCUCUUCUCUCUCCCCAGCAGAGCCUCUCUCUGUCUCCUCUCCCUCCCCAGUGCACUGGGAAACAGGUGGCUCAGAGAUUUCAGAGGGAUCCUCAAGCUUGGUUGUCCAUGAGCCUGUCCCACCACCAGAUCAACCAACAAACCCAUCUACAGACCCAUCGACAGACUCACCUACAGGCCCAGCUUUAACCUCACCUUCAGAGCAAGUGUCACCCCCAUCUCCAUCCCCAGCCUCAUCCCCACCCCCAUCUCCAUCCCCAGCCUCAUCCCCACCACCAUCUCCAUCCCCAGCCUCAUGCCCACACCCAUCUCCAGCCUCAGCCUCAGCUUUUCCGGCAGCAUCCAGCUCAUCUCCAACCCAAGCCCCUUCCCCAAUCCCAAACCAUUCUCUAUCAACCCUAACCACAACACCAACACCAACUUCAUCCUCAAUUCCAAACUCACCAUCAGCCCACUCCUUAACCGUAGCUCCAUCUCAAACCCCAGCCCCAGCCCAGGCCCCAACCCCAGUCAUCCCCCACAGAGGUGCUUUCAGGUCAGGCCGGUCUGUGUCUGUCCAGAUGCCCUCCUCUCUGCCCUCUGUCUCCCACUCUGCCAUCCGGAGCGGUGGCGUCCCCAACACCCCCUCCCCGCUCGGCCUUUCCUUCGAGUCCCGCCCCCUGACUGACCUGACGCUCCGGCAGAGGCGGAGCUCCUUCUCCAGGAAGGCGUGGUCAGAUGCUGAAGCCUCCCACUUUGCAGAACAUGGAAACACUGCGGUUGCCAUGGCAAAGGCAGUCAUGACGCCUGAGACGAUAUCCCUCCCGUCCUCCUGUCCCUCCCCCUCCCUGUCAUCGUCCAAUCGGUGGCUGUCUCGCGACGGUUCACGAAGAUCCGGAAGUUCCCAGAUGAAGUCCACCUCCUUGGACACAGGGGUGUGGCAGGAGGAAGAGGGGGAAGAAGUGGGGGAUGAGGAGGAGGAUAGACGGUGGGAAAGAGCCCUGUUCUCUGGGCUUUCCUGCUGCUGCUCCUGUGAUAAUCGCUGUAGCUGCUGUUCUCAAAACAAUCGCCUCAAACCGUCCUCCGCUUCAGCUUUCCCUGUAAGUAACACACACAAUUCAGUUACUCUCUCUUGGCAAACCUUAACUUGAUUCACACAGGAUAAUAUCCGGACAAAUACAAGACUAAAUGAUAAUGCAGCCUCACUCAUAAACACAAGUUUUACAAAAUGUCUGCAAUAAAAGUGCCCUUUCUAUGGCUACAUCCGAUCAUUAAAAGAGUUAUUCAAUUCAUUAUCUAUAUAUUUAUAGAAUAUUUAUAGAAUAAGGAAGGCACUGAGGCACAUUAUAUGGGUUUUUCCUGUUGACAUGAUGACCAAAGCCUCUUUGCAUGUUAGAAUCUUUAUUGGCCUGUCUAAAGAUGGCGGUUUGGUUUCAUACGCAGUAGGGGUCAUUUGCAUGUGAAUGCCUGUUUUGCAUGAUGAGCAGCAGUAGAGGAGGAAGUUCACCACUCUCUCUCUGGCUCUUUAGUGGCCUCAAGCACAGCUCACUUCUAAUAAAAUAAAAUUACAUGAAAGGUCCUAUUCACCCAGAAGGGUCAAAAGGAUUGGGGUUGCUACUUGAGUCUUUAGUAGACCCUUUUUUGUCUCACACGUAAUGCCUGUUCUAUGAAGCUGACCACCAUUGUGCUCUGAUGGAAAUGACAUGUUGAGUAGGCUACUGAAAUCCAUCUUUGUGAACAGCUGAAUUUCAUACUUCUGAGAACAACAUCUACACUGUAUGGAGUUCAUCUGAGUUAAACAUCUAUGGCCUUCAUAUUUGUAUUGAGUCCAUUGGCUGUUCUAAUUGGUUUAAUAAUCAACCUCUUCGAGUUAACCACUGCCACUGCAAUUUGGUUGAUAGGCAAAAACAUAUGCGCUGAUUCACUGUACAGUAUUCCUGACUUUGUGUUGUCUCUAUCCUCUCUCAUGUGCAGUACUCCCUGGAUGAGCUGGAGGGGAUGAUGCGCUGUAUGAGGAAGUUCCGCUGCGUCCUGACAGACAUCGAGGAACAGCUGUCAGAAAACCAGGCCUCGGUGUACAGCUCACUCUCUGACACUGACAGGUAUAUAAUACCCCCUCUAGCGGACACUUUGAGCUACUUCACCUCACUCAUACCAUCUAAUUUAGAGUGAGCAUUGAGCAGGCUUGGGUAUAAUGAGGACAGUUUGAGACUGAUGGUUUUAGUGUUAUGUUUAUGCUGCAGGGUUGGGGUCAGUUCCAUGUCAUGACUGAAUUUAAAUUAUAUUGACCUCAACCCUGUUUUGUUGGCUAAUGAUUUAGAUUUGACAUAUUAUGGUGGCACCUUUUUGUGUCCUCUGUCCCUACGCCUGUGUCCUGUCUCAGAGAGGAAGUGCGAGACAUCUUGGAGCUGAGGAGAGCUGUGAAACAGGAAGCAGGAGAGUUGGAACUGCAGCUCACUGACCUGGUUCAUCGCUAUGACGACAGCUUCAAAAUGGUAAACUACACAGACACACCCCUUACUGUGGAUUAUAUUAGUGAGAAAUUAAAACAUUAGCUAGUUUUUCUACUUUGCUUCAGAACUAUAACCCCCUUUACACUUUCCUUCUAUUACAGCAGUUAGUAAAAAUGUGUUAUUGUGUACUGCAUGUGACAGAAACUAGAGAUCGAAAUCAAUAUCCAAAGGAAUAAGCAUUUCAAAGCCAUGGACGACAGCAUGAAUGGGCAUAAAAACAAAUAUCUGAGAACUGAUAUUGAAUUGUGAUGUUGUUCGGUUCCAUAGAAGAUGCACAGACUACUCGAUGAACAAUCCCACCUAUACACCCAGCUGAGGCUCCUCCCCCUGACCCCCACAACCACAUCCACCCCUGGCUCCGCCUCCUCCAGGAGCAUGGCCACUCAGUGCUGCCUGCUGCCUUGGCUGCCUUUGACGGACAUGUCCAGGCCAUGCCCCUCAUCGCAGGCCACCUGGGAGUUGGAGUCCAGACCAACUCUGACAGAUUCCGGUUCUAUGGGCCAGAGGCUAAAACAUGGUUCUACAGGCACCAAGCCAGACAAACUGGACAUUGUGGGUUUCAUCCAGAGAGUAAGGGACCUUUUACCCCUGGUACAUACACAACCACAUAUCAAAAUGUAGUUUCAGGUUUACUGGACCAAAAUACAGAGGAUACAGAAAUGUAUCGACUGUGUAUUGCUUUACAUUUUUGUGUUGAUAAUAUGACAUUUUGUCACAUUUCUUUACUGUUUUCCAGCUGAAGGAGUCCAUACGCCACUCUGUCAAUACUGACUCACUGGAGUAAAAGAGAGGUGGGUUAGCCCUGACUGACAGAUAUAGGCCGGGAUUUAAUCCUAAGCGUGUUAUAGGGCAGAGCACUAUACAGGUGACAAUUUGCCUUUUAAAGGCAUUUUCCAUGACGUUCAGAGAUUGCAUUCAUGGGAAACGCUGUGCAUGUCGGCUCAGACGUAAAUUACCUUUAAAAGUCUGUUUACAAUUUGUAAGUCGCUCUGGAUAAGAGCGUCUGCUAAAUGACGUAAAUGUAAAUGUAAUAGUGCUCUGCUCUAUAACACGCCUUCGCCUGAAUACCGGACCUAUUCUCUUUACUCUCGAAACUUUACUGAAAAUAACAUACUGUCUGUGUCCUCACCAACCUGUGUAUUGUUUUUUGUCUUACAGAUGAAGCUUCUGCUGUAGUUAACUGAAGAUGAUCUGCUGUCUAAGUUAUAGUGUGUGCAAUCAACCUGGACUCAGGGGUAGCUGGAACAUAAUAAACGUAAAUCUGUCUCCCUCCAUUAAGUAUGAUAUGUUACGUGUCGUAUGGAAUUUAUUUAUUUGUGGAUGUCCAUCAUCCAU